AUGGCUUCCACAAUCGUCAAACUCAUUCCCCUCAUCCUCGUCUUCAUCAUCGUAGGCGUCAUAGUCUGGGUAGGCUACCAGGUCUCUGCCGGCGCGCAGAAGAUCCGCGACGAGGCCUCCGAGCGCAUGGAGCGCAAGAACCUCGUCUGGUCUCAGGAUGGGCUCAAGGUCGGCGUAAAGGACAGGGAGAAUGAGGCUUACGUCGACCAGACCCAGGGCUGGGUCGUCAAGGCUUGGAAGUUGGGCAGUGCUCCGGCCGGGCAGGAGACCAACAAGUCGAAAUGA